GCCUCUCUCUGGGGCAGGGCAGGGGGUGCCCCCAGAUGCGGCUGGUGUGGUGGGGUGAGGGGCCCCUUAGUGCCCUAUGCAGCAGGGAGGAGAAAGGUGGCCUCUGAAAUUUCCUUCCCCCACUGCUGCUUUUCUCUUCCUGUUGGGCUAAGCUGAAGCACUUCUUGCCUGCUGCUAAUAAUAAUGAAUAACUUGUAGUUGCUGCUAAUAUGUGAAUAAAAAUACUGUACUUGCACUGUGAAUUUAUCCUGUUACUCAGUGAAACUUGAAUGCUUAGGAACAGCAACUGCUCUCUCAAAACUUUCUGGAGAGGAGGAGCGCAAGGGCUGGUGGAGGGUUAUGCUGGCCUGGUCGCCCUUGCUAGCUUUGAUACUGUGGCUGGUGGAGGCUGGGCUAGGACUGAGCCUGCAGUUAGGGUUGCGCUGGUAUCCUGCUAAUUUGGGCAAGCUCAUCUGAUCAGAGAUAUGCCUGGCUGCUUGUGAUAUGGGCUGUCAAGGUUAAAGUUAGGGUUAAAGUUAGGGCCUGCAUUGGCAAGCGAGGUAUGUUUAUUAACUCCCUAAUACAGGGAGGUACCAGCUGACCUCACCUAGGUUUGGAGAAGAUGAGGAUCUCUGGUUUAAUGAUAAGUAGGAUCCCUUGCUGGGCAGCCCUAAGGUCUGGACUCCGCGCUGACCAUGAGAAAGGUCUUGUGUUAAAGAGAGUGCCGGGUUGUCCAACUUGUUGUGGAGCAGGUAUUGGCAAAACAUCUGUUUACGCCCUAUAAGAUGAGUCCACAAAGAAAAGUUGAUUUAAGAAGUCUCCUGCAGUUCUACUGAUGCAACUAUUUGUGGGCUGCGCUUUCCAGCAGCCUUUUGGAUUAUUCCUCAGCAGGCAGUGAUUUCUGACAGCUUAAGGUACAACAUUCAUUGUGACCGCAAUGGAGAAGAUUGAGGAGCAGUUUGGCAGUCUGCGCAUUGCAAAACGUUCUAUGCUAAGCGAAGAGCCUGCUUACUUGUUGGAUGUAGAUGUUUCAAAAUCCACUCAAUCUGAAAGCAGUCGCUUUGUGGCUGUUUCGUGUUCCAAUAAGUCGAUUAGGCUGUAUAACAGAGAAACAUUAAACUUCCUGCGGGAGUACAGUAGCUGUCCUGGGAUACUUAAUGGAGUCAGAUUUGCACACACGUGUGACAGUACGGUGUUUUCAGCGUGCAGUGAUGGUACAGUAAAAUGUUGGGAUAUUCGUUUAGCAACACAGAAAGCUGUGCAGAUAUUCAGUGGCUAUCCUUCAAAUGUUUUCAUCAGCUUUGAUAUUAAUUGCAGUGAUCUCAUAAUUUGUGCUGGAACAGAGAAAGUAGAAAAGGACACAUUUCUGGUGUUUUGGGAUGCAAGAGGCGAUACGAGCUGUGCCAGCACAAGUAAAGAACCCUUGGGAGUCUAUUCUGAAAGUCACAAUGAUGAUAUCACUAAAAUUUGUUUCCAUCCUAUCAAACCCAGUUUGGUAGUUUCUGGGUCAACUGAUGGGUUGGUUAAUGUGUUUGACAUCAACAAGGACAACGAGGAUGAUGCUUUGAUAUCAACUUGCAAUUCAGAUUCGUCGGUAAGUUUUAUCGGAUGGUCUGGGAAAGAUUAUAAACAGGUCUAUUGCUUGACACAUGAUGAGGGGUUUUGUUGGUGGGACCUUGCUCAUUUAGAUACUGAAGAAUCAAUAACACUAUUGCAUAUCCUGGAUGUCCGAGAAGCAGUCUGCACUGAAAACAGCAGCUUAAAUUACCUGGUAGGUGGCCUGUACCAUGAAAAAGCGGACAAACUACUACUUAUUGGAGGAACGUCAACGGGAAACAUUCACCUCAUAAACUGUGGCCUUGACGGACUGAGCCUUGUAGGGACCCUUCGCGGAGGACAUGCUGCUGCCGUUCGCUCUUUCUGCUGGGACAUGACGGAUGAGUCGCUGUUGACUGGUGGAGAGGAUGCACAACUGUUGCUGUGGAAACCGGGAGCUGCGGAAAAGUCCGUGGCAAAGAAAGCAUCUCUGAAAAUUGCUUCUUCUGUUCAGAAGAGAGUGAGAGUUCACAGCACCUCCCUCAAAAGCAAGAAAAAGUAAAAUUCUGAGAAUGAACAGCUCUGCUAUGUAGGGCUUUUCUGUUUGUGUAAUUUUCCAGGCAGGAUCUGACUGUUGCUUUAUUUGGAGGUGUUCUAGGGAAAGAACUAUAAUACUUAAAAAUUCUACCUAGGAAUGUACUUUAGUCAUCAGAUGAAUACUUAAUAUAUAUAAUAGAUUUGAUGACAUUAAUCUGGAAAGAGGAAAUAUUUGCUCUUGAACAAUAGACCUUAAAUCAUUUUAUAUAAAAAUGUUUUUAUGGUUGUUUGAUGUCUCGGCCAAUGUUUUUAAUGUGUAAUAUAGGCCUGUGGCUUGCAUAGUUUGUUACUUUGCCACUGAAAUUCCCUGGCACGUUUUAAAAGCUCUUGUGUUUCCAGCUGUAUUUCUCUUGCUUUACAGAGAGCUUAAUGAAAUUGCUCAAUAUAUUAAAAGAUUUUCUGUCAUUCCUUAA